AUGAAUAGUUAUAGACAUUAUGACAUGCGAAUGUCUAAUUGGUUAAUGUAUGAAGGACUCCAAUUCCAAUUGCUCAAAAUGAGAUGUCUAACCAAGAUUACGAAUUCACCUGAGUUUGCUUCUUUUGGUUCAGAAGAGGGCCCUGGGAUAGAGGAUUUCCAAAUUAUUGGUGAGGCUAAACCGGGGUACCAACUUCUAGGAUGCGGAUUUCCUGUUCGUGGAGCUUCUCUCUGCAUGUUCCAGUGGGUUUAUCAUCUUCGGGAUGGAACAAGGCAGUACAUAGAGGGAGCUACAAAUCCAGAAUAUGUUGUUGCCGCCGAUGAUAUGGAUAAACUUAUAGCCAUUGAGUGUAUACCAAUGGAUGACCGAGGCCUUCAGGUUGCAGCAUCACCAAAUGGAGAUGGAAAUGGAGAUGCAAGGGAGAUCACACAUUGUCACUGCCGGAGCAGAAUGGAAAGGUUGAUAACAUAGGCGAGCAUGCACAAUAUGAAUGACGGGAAAUCUUCUUCAUUAAUAUGCCAACCGUUUUGUGUCUUUUUGUAUGGGAGAUUCGCAACUAUAAGUUUGAUCUUUUGUUUUUGGAGAUACGGAAUUGGAACUUGUAUUUUGUUGUUUUGGUUUUGAUCUCCACAUUGGCAUUCUAUGCUCUGCACUCUUAUUUUGUGAUAAAGUUAUGUGAUGACUCGGUAGACAUGAGCCUCUUGUUUAUAGAAUAUCCGAUUUUAUUUUAUGUAACUUGCAUUUUGAUAG